AUGACGAAGCAAUGGGAAGACCACAGACAUAUCAUCAUCCGGGAGUACAAGGAUAACAACAAGCCUCUUCAUGAGGUAAAGAAGUUCAUGGAGGAACGGUAUCGGUUCAGAGCUUCGUCGCGCUUCGAUCGAUGGAGGGUUCGCAAGUAUACGAGUCGCAAGCGAAGAGACUCUUUCGCAGCAAAAUCCGAUAAAUCUGUGUUGUCCGAGUCAUCAGAUGAUGGUAUUGGCUCGCCACCACCACCAUUGAGUCCCAUUCAUAGGAGGGGGAGCAGCAGCCGACAAGAACACCCGUCGAUCCAUUACGUCGGUUCGGGCAUGUACGAAUCGACGACUCCAACGGAAGUUUCUUUGAGGUAA